AGCAUUAACUUCACUUCGAAGGUAAUUCUGGGUAGUUACACUGCAAGUCCACACAACUGGGCUCGCAAAAUGGUUUCAGGCCGUCGUUUGCGCGUUUUGAGUGGUAUUCUACCGGCACUAUGGCUGCUCUGCCUGUGUCUACGGCACGGUACCACCGCGCCGGUCAAGGUGGACUGCCCGUGCGCCGACCCGUCGCAAUGUGAGCUGAUCACGGCACCGCCACGGAAAGAGCUGUUCGCUUUCAUUGUGGAAGACAGCAACUGGCAGAAAUACGAUUGGUCGAAAAUCACCACAGUGGGGCUGUACACCAAGUACGAUCCGAAACUCAUGUGCCACGCCCACUCUAAGGGGGCCAGGAUUGUCUUAGCAGUUAUAUAUCCAGUAGAUAACCUGACGAAUCCCGCUGCACGCACUGCAUGGAUACAACAACAGGUUGCCCAGGCUAAGAGCUGGCACAUGGACGGCGUGAACUUUGACAUUGAGUACCCAGUCUCCAUUGAGGAUGCGCAUUACGUAGUCGAUCUGGUCAAGGAGACGGCACAGGCCUUCAAAGCCUACAAUCCAAAUGCCCAGAUAACUUUUGACGUAGGCGGGGUACCACCCUGCCUCGUACUGGGCUGGUGCUAUGACUAUACCGCCUUGGCCGAAGCAUGUGACUUCCUUUUUCUUAUGGACUACGACUUACUCGCGGCUGGGCCGGUGGCCUUUCCCAACUCUCCGCUCUCUGUCAUCAAAUUUGCUGCAAAUGGUUCAGUCUACAUUCCGGAAGGCAUAUAUAGGUUCCUGUCAUAG